AUGUCCAAACUCCCAUGGACAAAGAAUCUCCACCUCUGUCUCCCCAAUUUUAAAUGCCUAGCCCUAAUCCCACCUCGACCCUCCGACCAAGACCACCCGCACCCACCACUCAUGAUCAUCAACAACAACUUGAACAACCUCUAUCACCAGGACUCAAACUCCUCAGAUCAAUCCACCUCCAAAUCACUCACCGCCUCCGACGACUUCUUCUACUCCUCCUCCUCCGACUCGGAAGCCGCCCCUGACUCCCCACCUGACUUCGCCACCGUCUUCGCCUCCCAACGAUUCUUCUUCUCCUCCCCCGGCCGCUCCAACUCCAUCGUCGAGUCACCUGACACUAAACCCGGCAACAACGAUUCCUUCGUCACCAGAGGCGUUACUGUUGCCAAGUACUCCUCUAAUCCUUACUUGGAUUUCCGAAAGUCCAUGGAGGAAAUGCUCAAAGCUAGAGAUAGAGAUCGUACAGACAACAAAGACAGAGAUCACAAUGUGGUGGAUAUGUUGAAAAGCAACCUGGAUUAUCUACACGAGCUGCUCCUGUGCUACCUUCAGUUAAAUCCCGGAGACGCCCACAAGGACAUUAUCAGUGCCUACACAGACCUUGUCGUAUGCAUAUUGUCAGCUAAUACGGCAGCUUCGACACCAGCGUCGGCCGAUGACGAUCACAGGCGAGAAGGAUGA